CCAAUACCACUACACCAUCACCACCACCAUCAAAUAUCACUCAUCCUUUCAGCUCGUCACAGUGUCUUCACUCGCUGGUGUUACCACUGCAUCACUCUUUUUUAUUCUUUUCGACGUCUUCUACGAUCAACGUCACCUCUUGCGCACUGUCCGCCGGUCGGUCUCUCCAUCUACUCUCGGACCAUCCACCACCUCCAACCUCCCACCAACCUUCCCAUCGAAGAAACCCUAGAUUGGGUUCGCCAUAGUCGACAUCCCACUCGAUAGCACUCCAUAUCACUGUGCAAGAUUAAAUAAUUGUCUUCCAGUGUCAUCACGCACUCUACAACUUGCAACCAACUACUAUUUACAUCUACGGCCAACCAUGAGCGAUAUCAUUAACAGCGUAACAAGCGCCCCCAAUGCCUUCACAAGCUGGGAUAAGUGUAUGGACAAAGCCUAUUGCAAAUGGCCAGCCAUUGUCGGAAUCGUCAUCGGUUCUAUAAUCCUCCUCUCCUUUUUAGCAUGCGUCAUUAAUUGCGUUUGCUGCGGCGCUCGCCUCUGUUCAUGUUGUUGCGGCGGUUGUGGUAGUUGCUGUGGCAGCUGCUGUCCUUCUGGUCGCAACAAGGAAGGAUCAAAGUACAAGGAUGACUACUCCCGAAUGCCAGCAACCCCUUACGGCGGCUACCAACCACAACCCGCACCCGCCCCAAUGACAUACGGCUACCCACCCCCUGCGGCACAAUUCGCAACUUUCGAUGAGCCGAGCAGAAAAGUCAACGCCGACAGUUUGCCUGCAAUGCCCAGCUGGGAUACUGCCACCAAAAGGAGAGUCGAGGAUACCAGCAUCCCUGAUGACCAACCCCAGAACGGAGAUUUGGAGAUGGGAAGACUUGAUUCACAGUCGCAGAGAAUGCGAGGAGGCUAUAACACUGUCCCAAAUGCUCCCUUGUCCCCCAUGUCACCGAACCCACAGGGCGAUUAUUUCCAGCACGACUCGGCCACGAACCAGGGCUACCACUCCGAUCUCGGUAUGCAACGCAUCGAUUCUCAGUCAAACACUAGAUACGACGGGUUCCAGUCGGUGCCCCUUAGCCCACCCCCCACGUAUCGCACCGAUUCUAUUGCUCAACCUUCCAUAUCCGACAAGUUUGCCACCGGCGCGGCUAGUCCAAGCCCGGCCGACUAUGACAGACAAGCCUUGUAUCAGCAUCAUCAGCCUUCGACUUAUGCUCCCAGUACCACAUAUGAGCCUCCUCAGCAAGAUUAUCAGCAAGAUUAUCAGCAGGACUAUCAGCAAAACUACCAACCAUACAACGGCCAACAACAGUAUCAAGCCCGUCCUCCCAGCUUCUUGACCCCAGGCAGGAAGCCGGUCAAUGGCAGUUACCGUGAAGUGUGAACAUGCAGAUGAAGCUCGUGCUAAGAUCAAACGUCAUGCUCUAUACAGGUCAUGAGAAAAUCUCAGUAUACCACAGCAGACGACCCAUGUCCAAGGUUACCGAUCCUUGAGCAUAGCCCGCCGCCAGUCUACAGUAUGGUGACGACCGGCGCCGGGCCGAAACCUGGCCAAAAGUUGGACCAGUAGCCCAAAAUAGCAUGGUGACUCGACCAGAGCGACGCCUGCAAAAGACUCGCUACCAUGGCUUUGGCAAGCAGCCAAUCGCAGCGUGAGCUGCUGUCGUUGCCGUCAGCGGGCGUGUGUUCACUUGACCAAGAAGAAAUCGAUCAGGUUCAAAUAUGGUACACCCUCCACAGUUGAGUGGCUGAUCUACUCAUAUGCUGUCUUUGUGCCAUAUCGAAGCCGCUUCAGAUUUGGUAUGUUCGAUGGCAGUGGCUGGUGAAAUAUGGUUAUGCAUAUGAUGACAACAGCUAUCAUGGUUUGGCAUAGUGUCAGUGUUUUAUAAUUGUACUAUCAGCGAACUCGGCGUCUGGAUGACAGCUGGAAACAGAUCUACUUGGCUUGAAGAUCAGACAGACCUUGAAUAAUACAUAUAUACCUGUUGUAUACAAAUAGUAUCAAAAUUGAGACAUA